AAAAAAUAAUAGCCACCAUUAAUCGCAUUCCAUCAAACCAGCGCAAACCCUCACGCUUUCAACGUAUCCACCGACAACGACCUCCUCACGACUCCAAAAAAUGGCGGACAAGGCGGCAGAAAAGGACAAGGACAAGUCCAAGGUCCACAAGCUGUCGCUAAAGGGCAGCGCCAAGCUCGUCGCAGAAUUCUUUCAAUACUCGAUACAUACGAUUCUAUUCCAACGAGGAGUAUACCCAGCCGAGGACUUUACGGCCGUCAAGAAAUAUGGCCUCAAUAUGCUAGUGUCGGCCGACGACCAGGUCAAGGCCUACAUCAAAAAGAUCAUGUCCCAGCUGGACCGGUGGAUGGUAAAGGGCAAGAUCUCGAAGCUGGUCAUCGUGAUCACGGACAAGGACACGGGCGAGCACGUCGAGCGCUGGCAGUUUGACGUUCAGAUAUUCGGCGGCUCGUCCAAAAAGUCAAAGAGCAGCAGCAGCAGCAGCAAGUCGGCAGCUUCGGCAUCCGCCGGGCAGGAAAACUCCUCAGCGGCCUCGGAUGCGGCACAGGCGCCGGAAAAGACGGAGGCCGAGAUCCAGGCCGAGAUUGCCGCCAUCUUUCGUCAGAUCACCGCCUCGGUCACCUUCCUGCCCCAGCUGGCCGGUGACUGCACCUUCAACGUCCUGGUAUAUGCGGAUGCCGACUCGGAGGUGCCCGUGGAGUGGGGUGAUAGCGACGCCAAGGAGAUUGAGAACGGGGAGCGAGUCCAGCUGCGGGGUUUCAGCACCGCCAGCCACAGGGUCGACACGCUGGUGAGUUACAGGCUGACGGAGUAGCCAGUCUGUCGACGAGUGAAGUUGGAGGUGCAGGCUCCUACGAAGCCUUCAAUAUACCCGAGAGGUUUCCUGUCGGCAUAAUUUAUACUCCAUGUCGGCCAUGUAAAAUGAUGGCAUGACAAUUGGAAAAGCGGUCUUGGCUUGGAGUUCAGGCGUUGGGGGUUCUACUUGUUUACAGAUGACAAUCUUUAUCGCCUAAUAGCGAGAUCAUCAAUAUCACCUGGGCUUGGAC